AUGUCAAAUCCCAGCGCUUCAAUCUCGGCCACGCAAGCAUCGACGGCGACUUCCGACAAGACGGACGGGACUCAUAUGAAACCGGUCGGGGCUGUGACGCCCUCCUCUUCUAUCUACGCCUCGCUGCAAAAGUCUAAUCCACGCGCCGUGCGCUUCCUGACGUGCGUGUUGGUGAUGUUGAGCGUCUCCGGGGCGCUGCUAGUCUGCCAGAGUCUGUUGGCAUCUCGCGUCCCCGUCUUGUCGCUCGUCCCCCGGCUGGCCAUCCUCAUCCUGGCCGCGUUCUCCUAUGAGUGGAUGUGGGUCCACUCGCGCGGUCUGACCCGCGUCCGCCGCGCCUAUUUCGACGAGGCCAACGUGCUGGAGACGUACCAGCCGCGUGCCCGCGCCGAGGGACAGUUCUUCCAGGCAGAUCCGCCGACGCCCGGGCCGAACGACGGGAAAGUGACGUUCGGAGAGGGCACCGAAGACCCCGACCCGUCUCGAAAUGCUCAAUUCAACAAGGCCCGCGAUGCCCAUUACGCCAACGAGUUCUUGAUGGCCGAGAAGAUGGCCAAGGAGCAGAAUCUGUUCGGCGCCGGUGCCGUCGAUCCGGGACCUCCGAAAGGACCGCUUGUUCCGGCCGACCUCAGCAACAAGAAAGACGACAAGAAGAAGGCGCCCCGUUCCGGAUCGUUCGAGCGCGUC